UUGAAGAUGGGAAGAGGAAAAGUUGAAUUAAGAAAAAUAGAGAAUAAAAUAAAUAGACAAGUAACAUUUUCAAAGAGAAGAGGUGGAUUAGUGAAAAAAGCUCAUGAAAUUUCAGUUUUAUGUGAUGCUGAAGUUGCUUUAAUUGUUUUCUCUCAAAAGGGAAAAAUCUUUGAGUAUUCUUCUGAUUCAUGUAUGGAACAAAUUCUUGAACGAUAUGAAAGAUACUCAUAUGCAGAGAGACGUUUGCUUGCAAAUAAUUCUGAAUCACCGGUGCAGGAAAACUGGAGCUUGGAAUAUACUAAACUCAAGGCUAGGAUUGAUCUCCUUCAAAGGAACCACAAGCAUUAUAUGGGAGAAGAUCUUGAUUCAAUGAGCUUGAAGGACUUGCAAAACUUGGAACAACAGCUUGAUUCUGCUCUUAAGCUAAUUCGAUCGAGAAAGAACCAACUCAUGCAUGAAUCAAUCUCUGAACUGCAGAAAAAGGAAAGAGCUAUCCUAGAGGAGAAUAACAUGCUAACCAAGAAGAUUAAGGAGAAGGAUAAGAUAGUAGAACAGCAAGGUGAAUGGCACCAGCAAACUAAUCAAGUUUCUACUUCAACAUCUUUCCUCUUACAACCACAUCAAUGCCUAAAUAUGGGAGGUAAUUACCAAGAUGAAGUAGCAGAAGCAAGGAGGAAUAAUGAGCUUGACCUAAAUCUUGAUUCAUUAUAUCCACUUUACAACAUGAAUAAACAUCUAUGAAUAAUUUCACUCUUUGCUAAUCGCUUGAAACGUUGAAAGGAGCUCACUAUCAGGACAGACAAAUGAGUAUAAGCGAUUAGCGAUAAAAACUCUAUGCGAGAGGAAAUUAUAUAUGAUGUUAAUUAAUCUAUGCUUGAGAAAUUCUUAAUUAUAUAUAUUGAGUGUCUUUAUAUUGAUAUGCAUGUAUAGAACCUUAUUAUUAUGAAUUUCUAUGUAUUAAUGUUUUAAGUAUGUUAAAACUUAAUUGUAAAUGGAAUCAAGUCCAUUCUCUUUGUAU